AUGGGGUUCGGUGACUUCGACACGAUCUGUCAGAAGGCAGCGCUGCCACUGUGCUCUCUGGUGGGCCCGGCCUCCUCGAUAUCAGGCGCAACCGGCAUCAUCCCCAAUUGCUAUGCGCGAAACAUUGAACUGGCCAACACAAUCAUCUUCGAAGGCGCCGCAUCCUUCGUUCAUAUCAUAGCGCUGGCUAUGACAGUCAUUAUGAUUCUACACAUUAGGUCCAAGUUCACCGCGGUCGGUCGCAAGGAGAUCAUCACGUUCUUUUACAUCUACAUGCUCCUAACAAUGUGCUCCCUGGUCAUCGACGCCGGGGUGGUUCCGCCCAGGAGCGGCCCGUUCCCUUAUUUCGUCGCUGUGCAAAACGGCCUAACCUCCGCCCUAUGCACGAGUCUACUCGUCAACGGAUUUGUGGGAUUCCAGCUCUACGAAGAUGGAACAGCGCUCUCAGUCUGGCUACUCCGUCUCACCUCCACAGCGAUGUUCGCCAUCUCAUUCGUCAUCUCCCUCCUGACGUUCAAGUCAUGGGGCGGGCUCAGUCCCACCAACACCGUCGGCAUGUUUGUAGUAUUAUACAUCCUCAACGCGAUCUGUAUAGCAGUCUACCUCAUCAUGCAACUCCUAUUGGUCAUGAAUACGCUCGAAGACCGUUGGCCACUCGGCCAUAUCGCGUUCGGCCUCCUGGUCUUCAUCUGUGGUCAGGUGCUCCUCUACGCGUUCAGUGACACCAUCUGCGAGAAUGUCCAACAUUACUUGGACGGUCUGUUCUUCACCACCAUCUGUAAUCUGCUCGCCGUCAUGAUGGUUUACAAGUUCUGGGAUUACAUUACGAAAGAAGAUCUCGAAUUCUCCGUCGGUAUCAAACCCAAUACAUGGGAGGUUAAGGAAUUUCUUCCGGAAGAAGAUCGUCGCGCAACAGUCUACCAGGACACAAAUUCGGAGUACGCCGGAAGCAUGUAUCACCAUCGAGCGUCGGCUUAUAACAAUCACAAUUAUUAG